AUGCACAGGCGACUCUCUGAAAUCCGCAGACAGUUGAACGCAAACUUCGAUCGAGCCAUGGAUCGCAGUACCGAGGAGGCCACAGACGGACUUGUGGAUAGGUUUGCACUGUUUCGAAGGGAGGAAGGAGCAGGACCCGCACAAAGCAGCAGGAGGAGAAGACCACGGAGGACACAUCUCUUAAUAAAGGUCUCCGUCCUUAAGCAGGACAUUGCGGUGUACCGCUGUACACAAGAAAUCUUAGUCACCUGCGCAGUGGUACUGCAGGACACAAUGUCCCGCGAGGAGUUCCUGCAGGCCCUCAGGGAUAAAGUGCCGUACAUGCCAGAGGCCUUCGACCUCUGCAGGCUCAUUGGCCGUAGAUUCAGCGUACUGGUCGAUGUCUGCCCGAGAGACCUUCGGGGACGUGGCAUGAUGGGCCGGUCCAAUCUGUACAUCCGACCAAAGGUACCUCUGCCACCUGCUGGCCAACCCCAACCUGCCGGCCCAGAAACCCUGCACACCCUGCCCGGCCCUUCUCUACCUCCCAGCACUUCUCCACCUCCCAGCCCUUCUCCACCUCCCAGUCCUUCUCCACCUCCCAGCCGUUCUCCACCUGACGGCCCUUCUCCACCUCCCAGCCCUUCUCCACCUCCCAGCCCUUCUCCACCUCCCAGCCGUUCUCCACCUGACGGCCCUUCUCCACCUCCCAGCCCUUCUCCACCUCCCAGCCGUUCUCCACCUGACGGCCCUUCUCCACCUCCCAGCCCUUCUCCACCUUCCAGCCCUUCUCCACCUGCCAGCCCUAUCCCAUCUGCCAAUAGUCUACCUCUGGAUGUGAAGGACAUCCUUCUGCCACUGCAGGACCUUGUCUUGAGGAUGGGUCAGGGAAGCCGGGUGAACUGCUUAAGAGGGGAGGAGUUUCAAUGUGCAGCUUGGGCCUUCAACAGGUCGAGUUUUGACCCCUACUUAAAGUUGGAUGUGGUGUUUGUGGAUGGCGAUGGGGUGGCAGAAGGCGCAGUGGAUGAGGGGGGACCGACCAGAGAGUUCUGUACCCUCCUCAUCCACCAAAUACAGAACCAUUUAGUAUUUGAAGGUCCUGAGGGCAACAAAACCCUGGCCCUGGACAGUGUUGCAUUGCAGAAAGGACAGUACAGGCUGGUGGGGCAGAUGAUUGCCGUCUGCCUGGUGCAGGGGCAGGUCUCCCCUAGAUUUUUAUCUGAGCGCCUCUACAGACAGGUGUGUAAUCUGUCCCCUCUUCCUGCCACUUUGGAAGAGGUGACAGAUUACAAUUUGAGGACCAAGCUCCGAAAGGCAAGUAAAUGGUUAAUGUUAAUUUAAACCACUUUUUGGAGAAGUGUUUUUGUGUCAAGAUACUGUGUGGUGUGCUCUAGUGUACUGAUGUUGAAUUUCAAUAUAUGAUUGAUGUCAUACAGAUAUGUCAAUGCAUUCUUCACUGUUAGAAGAUAAUUUGUGCCAUGAAAGUGCUUAGAAAUCCCAAAUAAUGAUUAUUGUUCCUAAUGUAUGAUAUUAGAUUGCAGAUGCCACACAUGUGGAAGGUGCCAGGGAGGCUAUGGAGGAGGCCACAGACGAGCUCUCCCUCAUGGGCUCCUUCUCCUUUGUGAGGAGCCUCCCGCAUAGGGAUGAGCUGCUGGGGGCAGCCCUCAACUUCCUCACAGAGGGCCGUAUUUUGACUGCUCUCAAUCAGUAAGUGGAGCUGGGAAUUGACUAUUUAAUGGACUGAGACCUUUGUGUUGGAGUGAAAAGUUAUCAUGGGUUCCAAAAUAAUCUAAAUUUCAAUUAAUUGAAAGGAUUCCUUGUCUAAUUGAUUUUUAUCUUCACAUUAUGUACUAUGGAGUAGGCUAGAACAGGCUUCAGAGCAACAGACUUGGAUAUUCUAUCACCUUAUAUUUUCUCUGAUCUAUUAUCUCAUUGAUUUUACAGAUUCAGAGAAGGGUUGGAGACCUUCGGGAUUCAAGCCCUUUUGAGGUUCCACCAUGAGGAGCUCAAGGGGGUCUUCAUGGACACACCUGAGCCGCUGCUGGCCUCCCGGUUGGAGUCCACAUUCAGCACGUCCUACAUGUCUGAGCCGGGCUCCUAUCGGAGGAGGAAGGAGGCCAGGACCCUUGUAUAUUGGAGGGACUGGCUGAUCGAGGUGGAGGGUAAGGAAGUGUUUCUAUCUACAACCCUUAUCUAUCUAAUUGUUCUUUGUUAAUAUAUGCUUAUUCUGAAUUUGAUGCCAGCAACACAAUUCAAAACAGGGGACCACCAAAGACUAGGAAAGCUGUAGAAUGCUCAAAAAACCACAAUGUUCAACUGUUUCAACAUUAGUAACUGGUAACAGGUGAUAUUAUCAUGAAUGGAUAUAAAAGGGGCAUCCCGUAGAAGUUAAGUCUUCACAAACAAUAAUUGGUCACAAUACACAAAGGAAAAAUACAAUACUGUUUACAGCUCUGCAUGAAUGAACAAAUGCACACAUGAAAGAUAUUUACUAUUUGAUUUGUGAACCUAGGCAUACCUGUAAAUACAGCACUGCAUAGGGAAUUAUAGUGAACCAAUGCCUAGAUUGUGACAGAACCAGCAUAACACAUUUUAUUUAUUUUUUUGAAAGAAUGACACAUUGAUUUAUUAGUGCACACUUCGGGUAAAACAAGGACUUUUGAACAUUUCUAUUGUGAUCUGAGAAAUGCAACGCAAACCAACGUAAAACAACCUACAUUUCUCUGCUGAGAUGAAUAAAGUAUAUCUUAUCUUAACUAAGGACGACGAAAGAUUGGCACAUGUCAGGCAGUGUAAAAUUCCUGUUAAUGUUCACAUGCGGUCGUUCUUACAAGUUAUCUCUUAUGUACUAACAGAUGGAGAUACGAGUCUCACCCUGGGGGCGGUUCUGGCGUUUGCCACGGGCCUUCAAAGAAUUCCUGCCGUGGGUUUUCCCAUCCAACCCCGGCUUGAAUUCCUCCAUGAGGAAGAUGGACCGGCCCUUUUCCCCACGGCCAAUACCUGUUCCCUGGUCCUCAGGCUACCGGUGUAUCCCGAGUACACUGGAUUUAAGGAGGCCAUGGAGGAAGGAAUAACCUCCGGUGGGAGUACCUUCGGCGUGGCCUAAUUUGGUGCCCAACCCCGUGGAAGGACGCUUGAAGUGCCCCACACACACACAGGGAAGGACGCUUGAAGUGCCCCCACACACACACACACAGGGAAGGACGCUUGAAGUGCCCCCACACACACACACACACACACACACACACAGGGAAGGACGCUUGGAGUGCCCCCACACACACACACACACACACACAGGGAAGGACGCUUGGAGUGCCCCCCCACACACACACACACAGGGAAGGACGCUUGGAGUGCCCCCACACACACACACACACACACAGGGAAGGACGCUUGGAGUGCCCCCCCACACACACACACACACACACAGGGAAGGACGCUUGGAGUGCCCCCACACACACACACACACACACACACACAGGGAAGGACGCUUGGAGUGCCCCCCCACACACACAGGGAAGGACGCUUGGAGUGCCCCCACACACACACACAGGGAAGGACGCUUGAAGUGCCCCCCCCCACACACACCUAUUUUCCCACUCAUGACCUGCACCUUGACGUGGUGAGUGGGCUUUCCACCAAGCCAGGUCAAACUAUUGUGUUCCUGCCUCACUAUGUUAAAGGUAAACAAAAACAAAUGUCUGACUGCAACAAAGUGCUCUAUCUCUGUAAAGUACAGUGGGGAAUAAGAAAAGUCCUACAUGGUUGAACUGUAUUUUCCAAAUGUUAAAGACAGACUUCUCAGUGACUUGGCUGAAUGGCUGCGUUCUGUUCCUGUUGUGGUAAUAAGAAGUAAAAAAAUAUUUACUAUUUGAUUUGUGAACCUAGGCAUACCUGUAAAUACAGCACAGCAUAGGGAAUUACACACACACACACCUUUUUUCAUGACCUGCACCUUGACGUGGUGAGUGGGCUUUCCACCAAGCCAGGUCAAACUAUUGUGUUCCAGCCUCACUAUGUUAAAGGUAAACAAAAACAAAUGUCUGAC